AUGGAUACCUCAUCGCCCAGAAAGCGCACGCGUAUAGAUCCCAGUGUCUCGACUACACUCAAGGCCCUCGAACUUGAGAAUUCGGCGCCACCGCUACCACCGCCACGCUCGUUGCUGGAGAGCCUCCCGGUCGAGCUGCUCUCCGAAGUUCUGAGCUACAUGCCUACUCCCAACGAUUUACUCAACAUCACACGUGCAAGCCGAUACCUGUGCAAUACUAUGCUCAACAAAGGCAACGCUCACAUCUGGGUCAACGCGCGCAAGAAGUGCGUCGCCGGCGAGGUCCCCGAACCACCGGCCGGCUGGAGCGAGCCUGCACACGCCGCCUUGAUGUUCGACGGUGGCCUAUGCGAGCAAUGCGGUCAUUACACCAAGAGGAUGCUCGUCUCGUACGCCGUGGAGGCUCGUCUCUGCGGUAAUAGCAUCUGCCGCAGACAGUUCUUCAAUCAUAAGCUCAUCCUUCCUCGGUCGCAUGGAAAUACCAGCAAGGCUCUUGCGUUGGAGACCCGUCGGAAACUGGCUUACGUCGAAGAUCUCAAGGCCUUUGGCCAAAGAUCAUAUAUCAUGCAUUCCAACACUUUCCGCUAUUACCGCAAGUCCAACUACCAAGACGUUGUCAAUCAGCACAACAGCGCCGUGCGUGCGGGCGACCCAUCAACUCCUGCUGAGAUAGACCAGGACCCGGAAGUUAUGGCGACUGCACGAAGGCAGGAGCACUAUGCGAAACUUGGCGCAUACCGUGCCCACUACGAACAGCAGUACCAAACCGUCAAAUCGAGGAAUGUCCAGUUAAUUCAGCGAUUCUCGGAGAGUAAGAAGUGGGAUGUCGGUCAGGUCAUGAACACGCCGACAAUCAAGGCGAUGUUGACUACGGCAAACCGAUGCCUUACCAGGAUAAGGCAAUCAGACCUUGAGCACAUAGAAGAACCUCUCAAAACUGAGAUUAACGUCACGGCACUCAAGCGAGACAACGCCAAAACAGAGCAUGCACGCCAGCAACGUCGCGCCGACAUCGACAAGUACUACCAGAUUCUCAAGUCGGAUAACAAGGCUAUCCACAUUCUACCUCCGCUCGCCGACUUCCGGCGCCUCCCGUUCAUCGCCCACCUCCAGGAUAAGGACGCCAAAACCGUCCUCAACGACCUCAAGUCGGACGGCGUCCUGCCAAACUCCAUGCUACAGAGUGACCUCAACGCGUGGAUCAAGAAGCAGCACGCCGGGUUCCAACAACUCCUGGGGUACGAGAAGUGGCGCGACCCCAACCCCGACAUUCUGAGUCCUGCUGAUCGCAUCAAUGCGCGCUUCCACUGCACGCUCUGCGGCCAUGUACCGAUGAAACUCGAGGAAGCCGGCUCGUUCGACUUCGUGUCGGCAUGCAACCACCAGUGCGCCAACUUGGGUAAACGCGAGCUCAAGACCCACGUCUUCUCUGCUGCCAACUUUGUGGCGGACCUCAAGGGUAAAGCGGUCAUCGAGAACGCCGCUCGGCUAGUCGGUGUGGAGCUCAACAUCGCGGGUGCGGCCGAGAAGCUCAACGCGCUCGGCGUCCGUUUCCUCUGCAAGUCUUGUCCCGGCCGCAUCGUCAUGCCAUUCUCUCGCCUCUCCGGGCACGCCCAACGCCAUGAGAACAUGGAGAUCGAACUGCUGAGCCCCGAAGCCGCCGCCGUCAUCUUAUCCGAUGCACCGUACGAGCGUGGCGCAAAGCUCAAGUACUUCUACAAGCAAGUUGGGCCCGAGGACGGCGUGAAGAGCAAGGCCGUUGGGAAGCUCAAGUCACAACGCCGCGGAAGGACGUUCUUAUGCCGCCACUGCCACACAACCGAACCCACUGAAGACGGUGUCAGUAGUCCGGCGCGCCUGUCGAAGGGUGGCAACAAGCCGCUCAUGAUCGAUGGCGUCGUGUGCCACAUGAAAGCUCGGCACGGCUUCCAGAUUUUGGGCGACGAGGACUUCUUCCGUGCACCCGAGCGUGCCGCCGGCAGCGUCCCUCCCGUGGCGUAA